AUGCUCAUAAUCGGCCUCACCGGCUCCAUCGCCACGGGCAAAUCCACCGUCUCCGCCCUCCUCUCCUCCCCACCAUACUCCCUGCCCAUCAUCGACGCCGACCUCCUCGCCCGCAAGGUCGUCGAACCAGGGACCCCCGGCUACACCGCCAUCGUCAACUACUUCGGCCCGAGCACGCCGGAUCUCCUCCUCCCCGGUCCGGAGCCCACCACCUCGAACACCGCCGCGCGCCCACUCAACCGGCCCGCGCUCGGCCGCCGCGUCUUCGGCACCAGCGAAGAGCGCAAGCGCGACCGCAUGAUCCUGAAUAAGAUCGUGCACCCGGCCGUGCGCUGGGAGAUCUACAAGGCGCUGCUGUACCACUACGUGCGCGGGCAGUGGGCGGUGGUGCUGGAUGUGCCGCUGCUGUUCGAGAGCGGGAUGGACCUGAUCUGCGGGACGGUGGUGGUGGUUGGCGUGCGGGACCCGGGGGUGCAGAUGGCGCGGCUGCGCGCGCGAGACCCGCAUUUGUCGGCGGAGGAUGCGGAGAACCGCGUGCGCAGCCAGGGCGAUGUGCAGGGCAAGGUUGCGAAGGCGGAGUUCCGGGGGACGCGGUCUGCGCGGGGGGUCAUAGUGUGGAAUGAUGGGGAUAAGGCGGAUUUGAAGGCGGAGGUGAGCAAGGCGAUGGGGACAGUUAGUGCGUCGAGUCCGCGGUGGUGGGCGUGGGUGUUGUUGUUGGCGCCGCCGUUGGGGGUCGGGGCUGCGCUAUGGAAUGUUGCGGUUAAUUUCGCGACGCAGAAGAGUUGGCAGAAGAAUGAGAAGGAGGAGAAGGCGAAGUUAUGA